AUGGGGGCCGUGUGGGCGGAACCGCGCAGAUAUCUGCACCAAAUUACGGUGGAAGAGGAGAAGGUGGGGGGAGGAGGGGGGGGCGGGGGAAGAGGGGAAGUGGGGGAAGAGGGGAGGGGGAUGGGGGGGCGAGGGGAUGGGCGGAUGGGGUAUGGGGGGAAGCCCGAGCACAAGUACCGGGUGACAGGAGCAGUGGAAGGGAGCUUUUGCCUCACCACCAACCAACUCCCUUUCCCUACCCUCCACCAUCCCCCCCCGCCAUCAUCCCCUCCCCCUUCUUUCAUGCAGCCGCAGCACAAGUACCGGCUGGAGCACAAGUACCGGCCAGAGCACAAGUACCGGGUGAGAGCAGCAGUGGAGGGGGGAUUUUCCUUCUGCAGCGACCUGGCUCCCAUUAAUGCCUUGGGCGGCACUGCUCCCACCCCCAUGGACUAUGCAGCAGCAGCAGUCGCCAUGUGCACAGCUACCACUGUCAGACUGUAUGCAGACAGAAAGCAGUGGCCGCUAACACACAUAGCUGUCACAGUGGAACAAACAACCCCAUUGCCUCAUGGGAGAUUACCGGACGGCCUUCGCUUGUUGUUACGCUUGGAGGGACCCCUUUCCACAGAACAAAAGGAGAGGCUUUUGGAAAUAGCAG